UCAACUUUUAGACAAGAAGAAGCACGUCAACACGUGCCGCUUACUUUGAGUUGUGUUACACAGUUUUUACUUCAUAUUUGUAAAAAAAUGGGAAAAAUUAAGCGAAAAGCGCAACCGGUACCUGUGGAGGAGGACUCAGACAGCGACUCCAGUUUCGCAGAGGAGGAGCUGAGCGAAAAGGAGGUGGGACCUGUCACAGAUAGCAGCGAUGACAGUGACUUGGAAACGGAGCCUAAGAAAAAGUCAAGCGACACAACUGCAGAUGCUGAUGCUUCAGGUGAUGAUGAUGAUGCUGCCGAGGAUGAUGAAGAAGUUGACGACGACGAGGAAGACGAUGAUGAUGACGACGAUGACGAGGACGGUGAUGGAGAAGAUGACAAGAAGAAAGCCCGCUUACCUGUGCUGAAUCCUUUAAGCCUGAUGAAGAACAAAGAGCAGCGCAUGGCGCUUUUCCGCAAAAUGAAAAAGGAGAAGCACAAGAAAAAGAUGCAGGAACGCCGGGCUCGCCGCAAGGCUGGUUUGCCUGCUAAUCCAGGUCACACCAUUGAAAGCUUACGUGAAAAGGAUCAAACAGACGUCAACAAUCUGAACGAUUCGGAUAAUGAGGAGCUGCAAAAGGAGUUGGAAAUCGACGAUUUCAGCACAUAUUUUGAACGCGUCUAUGAGCCAAAGGUGCUCAUCACAUUCGCCGACAAUCCUGUGACUAAGACGCGUAAAUUUGGGCUGGAAUUGUCACGUAUUUUUCCCAAUGCGCUAGUGAAGAUUCGCAACAAAGCGUCGGUGAAACGCAUUUGCAAGAGUGCUGAGCGGGAAAAGUUCACAGAUGUGGUCAUUAUCAAUGAGGAUCGACGUAAACCCAAUGGAUUGUUGGUCAUACAUUUGCCCAAUGGACCCACGGCGCAUUUCAAACUAUCCAACGUCAAGUUGACAACGGACAUUAAGCGUGAUCACAAGGAGAUAACUAAGCAUCGCCCCGAGGUGAUACUCACGAACUUUACGACACGCUUGGGCCUCACUGUGGGACGCAUGAUGGGCGCGUUGUUCCAUCACGAUCCAGAGUUUCGUGGGCGUCGUGCGGUCACCUUUCACAAUCAGAGAGAUUACAUCUUCUUUCGCCAUCAUCGCUAUGAGUUUAACAAGGAGGGUAAACGAGUGAAGCUCCGCGAACUGGGACCGCGAUUCACGCUUAAGUUGCGCUCGCUGCAGGAGGGUACAUUUGAUAGCAAGACUGGCGACUACACUUGGAUCAUUAGCAACAAGCGACAUGCCAUGGAGUCGAGACGUCGCUUCUUCCUCUAGUUUAAAAAAUUAAGAAACGAAUGCCUUUCAUUAUUGAAAUGUGUUUGAUAUAUUUUAUUUCCUAGAGCAUAUAAAUAAAAUAAAAUAAGGGUAAAAAAAA